AGAAGAGUUGGUUUUUUUUUCUGGUUCUUUAAUUAAUCUGAGAGCGCUAAGUAACUCUUGUUCUCUUUUGAGGUUUGUGAUAAUGUCAAACACAAUCGGAAGCCCUCAAUUCCGUGGAAUAAGGGAGAAGCCAGGAGAGUCUCAUGCAGGAGUUCCACUCGUAUCCACUGUCACCCCUCAUCCGGCAAUUCCACCCCUCCCAGCCAAUUGUGCUCCUCCAAUAACGCCGCUGAACCCAUUCAAUGUGCCUAAUGAUGAUUUCAUCUCCCUCAACAUCAGCCCCAUCCAUGACACUCAAGCAAUCAGACAUGAUGUCGAUUCUCUUUUCAAUGUUCUGUCUGACAUUGUUAUUAGCACCUCAACCGACUCUCUUGACUUCCAGCAAGUGACCAUCGAUCUUGGGCAAAACAAGGUUCCUCAGGUUCCUCAAGUUGCUCUCCAGCCAGCUUACAACCUUCUCAGCGAGAUUGCUUGUCAGAUGACAUGCCACUUGUUUAACACAUCAAAUGUGCACGAGUCGGUGGUGGGAAUUUUUCUGAAGCUGAGGAGUUACGCAUGGGAUGCUAAAACAGUGAUAGCACUCUCUGCUUUUGCUUUGAACUAUGGAAAGCCAUUGCGACUGACAGUGGCAGAGGAAGCGAGCCCGAGCCAGAAGGAGAACGCGCUUGAGCUGCAUCUGUUCACGCUUGCAACAGAAGAGAACAAGCCCGCUCAAUCGGGUUCAAAUCUUACAAGUGAUUUGGUUAAAAUUACACUGAAACUCAUAAAGGAGAUCAUCAAAUUGGAGAAGCUCUUUGUAAACAAAUCAUACACUAUAAAGCAUUUUCCAACUCUCUGCAAAGAUCAUCGUGCUGUUUAUGCUUAUUGGGCAAUUUUCUCCCUUUUUGCUUGUGCUAAUCAAAUGAAAAGAGAGGAGAUCCAGUACUUGGUUCUUCUUGAGAAACUCAACGUUAUUCUGGAGGAAAUCAGAAUCCAACGAGGGGCAUUGAAAGAUCUAAUUUGGCGUUUAGAGGCCUUCCAAAAUCCUUCACCAGGAAUUUGGCAACUUCUCAAAGCUCUAAUCUACCCCAAGAACGUUGAUAAACCUGAUAAUAUAAUUGCCAACAAUGCUACCAAAGAACUGCUUAACCUGGAUGAACUAAUAACAACAGAGAAGUUGUUUUUGUUCUUUUCUGGUCUUGACAUUGACCUUGAGAUAAUAACGUCGCUAACAUGGAUUCACGAUUACAAGAUAGGUAAGAUUGUGUGGGUGCCUGUUGUGGAAGAUUGGACCCUUGAAAUCAAUAAGGAAAGGUUUGAGUAUUUGAAGGCUAGGAUGCCAUCAUGGUAUGUGGUGGAAUAUUUCUCACUCAUAAAAGGUUACAAACCAUUGCAACAAGUGUGGAAUUACCAAGGUAAACCUAUUGUGGUGGUGGCUGAUGCUUAUGGAAAUGUUUUGAACCAAAAUGCACUGCGCCCGAUCAUUCUGUGGGGCAUAGAAGUCUUCCCAUUCGAUUAUGCUACCAUCUCAUAUUUUGUUUCUCAACAAUGGAAAUGGUUUUGGCCCGCAGCAUUUAAAAUUCAUCCUCCUAUUCAAACAUGGGUCACGGUAUUUUCUGGCUGAAAUUGAGGGACUUGAGCAAAAAUCUGAUUCAGAGACCAAAAAGGACUGCAGAUGCUGUUGGAUUCUGACCUCCCUGCACUCGAAGUGGAUUUUCUGGAGCUACAGAAGCCCAAUUGGCGCGCUCUCAACGGCGUUGGAAAGUAGACAUCCAGGGCUUUCCAGCAAUAUAUAAUAGUCCAUACUUUAUCCAAGAUUUGAUGGCCCAAACCCGCGAAGCAAUCCGGCCUCAGAAAUUCCAGCGUUAAACGCCGGAACAGGAUUAAAAGUUGGAGUUAAACGCCCAAACUGGCAUGGGAGCUGGCGUUUAACUCCAGAAAAUGUCUCUACACGAAUUUCCUUGAUUGCUCAGCCCAAGCACACACCAAGUGGGCCCGGAAGUGGAUUUUUAUGUCAUUUACUCAUCUAUGUAAUAGUUUUCUAUAAGUAGGACCUUUUACUAUAGAGUCAGAGAGUCUGGAGACGACAUCUGAGUAGCUAUCUUUGUUUUAUGCUAUCUUAGACCUUUGGGAGGCUGGCCAUUCGGCCAUGCCUAACCUUUGUUCUUAUGUAUUUUCAACGGUGGAGUUUCUACACACCAUAGAUUAAGGGUGUGGAGCUCUGCUGUACCUCGAGUAUUAAUGCAAUUACUA